AUGUCAGCAACGACCACUUUAGAAGUUUCCAAAUCUACAGCAGUGCCAAUGAGCACCACCACAGGAAGUGCGGUUGCUGCAAGAGGUUCUCAUAACAUUGCGUUGGGCAAAGCUCAUCCCUAUCAGUUACCAACUUUUGAAGACAAGUUGAAGGAAAGACAGUGGAUGUUGAAUCAUAUGGCCGGAGCGUUUCGGGUUUUUUCCAGAAAAGGAUACGGUGAGGGCACUGCCGGCCACAUUUCAGUCAGAGACCCAGUCGACCCAACAACCUUUUGGAUCAACCCAUUGGGUAUGCACUUUGGUUUAAUUAGAGCAUCCGACUUGGUUCACGUGGAUGAACACGGAAAUAUUCUAGAUGGUGGUGCUCAGACCGCUAUCAAUGCUGCCGGUUUUGCAAUCCACUCCGCCUUGCACAAGGCUAAUCCCGAUGUUAAUGCUGCUUGCCAUACUCACUCCGUUUAUGGGAAAGCCUACUCUGCUUUUGGUAAACCGUUGGAAAUGAUUAACCAGGACGUUUGCUCAUUCUACAAGAGCCAUGCAGUAUAUGAAGACUUUGGCGGUGUGGCAGUGGAGGCUGAAGAAGGACGAGCAAUAGCUCAUGCCAUCGGAACCGGAAAAGGUGCGAUUCUUGCCAAUCAUGGCCUCAUCACUGUGGGCAAAACGGUCGACGAAGCGGCUUAUUUGUUCACCUUGAUGGAAAAAAGUUGCCAAACGCAACUUUUGGUAGAUGCUGCAGACAAGGGCAACAAGAAAAUCAUAGGGGAUAAAGAAGCAGCCUAUACUGAGCUUAUCAAUGGUGACCACGAAACCCUAUACACCGAAUUUCAGCCUGAUUAUGAGAUGGAACUACGUCUCUCAAAUAACGAGUUUGUGCUUGACCCAUCAAAACCUUUGUAA